GUAUUACUCACGCGCCCAUCACCAGCCACUGCUUUCAGGCGCGCGUUUCACGGCAACGCUGAGAAGAAUUCUGCAUUCUUCUCAUUGACUACCAUUGGUGUUCCAUAGCUCGUUCUUGGGAAUAGCUCGCGCAUUGACCGGAUUGCGAAGGAGUGUGGAAAUUUGUGAGCUCUCCAGUCACAGAAGUGGUGCGGUCGCCCAAACAUGAGGGCCAUUAAAGGGGUGCUUUUAACUUGUGACUCGGCUGUCAAGCAAAUACUGCUCACAAUGAACGAGAAAGAUCCUUUCGUUAUUGAGGAUCUAGAUGAUUAUCAUUUGGUUAUCAAGGCAGACGAGGAAUAUAGAGUGAGGAGGGAGCUUGAAGCUGAGUUGGAGAAGAACACUUAUAGUCUAGAAACAAACUAGUCUUCACUCUGCAAUUGCUCCCUCAUCCCACAGCAUAAGUACUUGCCCUGCUGCAGCCUUUAGGUCUGUUUGUGACGUUGGGCAUAAUAUAUCGGAUUUGGUUCGACGUGGUACCUUACCGGUUGGGAUUCACUCAGGGCGCGUCGUUUCUGCACUACAAUGCAGAUCAUGGGGACCCAUAUCAGGUAGACGAAAAGGAAUUCUAUAUAAUGGGCCUUAUCUGUGCAGAGCAAUCUGCGAGAUAGCUGAUCUUCUCCAUUCACCCAUGCCAAAUCACAACGAAACUUUCCCUUCACUCAGGUGAAACACGAAUGCAUAUGUAUGCAACCAGCUCUGGUAGUGUAGUGUCGCCCUGUCACCCUUCUA